UUGUAUUUGGUAUUCGACAAUCAAAAUUAAUUAUCCAUACCUAUAAAAAAAUCUGUUUGUGAUAUUUUUUAGCUGUAUUACUACAUGAGAAUGGAAUGGAAUACUUUUAUUGUGAAAAAGAAAUAAAAAUCAGCCAGCAGUAACAACAGGUGAGAUAAAGUGACAUUAGUGCAAAGAUAAUAGUACAAAAAGACACGGCAGUAUGAAGCAUGAUACAGUCAGCAGAAGAAACAAGAUUGAUUCUUGCGGGUUCAGCAAGGCAACAGCUCUCAGACAGAAACUGUUCUUGAGAUGUGGGCCUGGAUUGUUCUGUGCCAUUUGCCUGAUGGCAAAAGGUUGUGCUUGAAGGUGGGAAAGAGGUUGCGUGCCUAAAUCAAUACUGAGGAAGUGAAAACCGAGCAGUAUGGCAUCGCAACAAAUUAAUCAGCCCGUUGGAGUCCAACCUGGGGCAACAUUGCAGCAGCAGCAGCAGCAGCAGCAACAACAACAACAGCAACAACAACAGCAGCAGCAGCAGCAGCAACAACAGCAACAACAACAGCAGCAGCAGCAGCUCAGCCAACAGCAAGACUUUGACCCAGUUCACCGUUUCAAAAUGCUUAUACCACAAUUAAAAGAAAGCCUUCAGAAUGUUAUGAGCAUCGCAUCACUGAAUUUUGCACACAACACAGCAAUUGAUAAUGGCAUAAUGUCUUAUUCCAGCAAGAGUAGUGAUACUGCCGUGCAGCGAUUUGACAAGAGCUUAGAAGAGUUCUAUGCCCUCUGUGACCAGUUGGAGCUGUGUCUGCGGCUUGCGUACGAGUGCCUGUCUCAGAGCAUCGACAGUGCCAAGCAUUCCCCGAACCUCGUCCCUACUGCAACCAAGCCUGACACCGUACAGACUGAAAGCCUGUCGUACUCUCAGUACCUCAGCAUGAUCAAGUCCCAGAUAUCUUGUGCCAAAGACAUCCACAACGCCCUCCUUGAAUGCUCUAAGAAGAUUGCAGGCAAAAGCCAAACACAAGGACUCUUGUAAAAACGUAUUUCAUUCCCAUGAUUCUUUUUUUUUGUCUCAAAAUAAAAACGUAUAUAAUUACAUGUAAGUUUGUUCUGGUUUUGAAUAUUCUGGUUACUAAAUUGUGAAAUUUGAAUAUCACAUUUUAAUUGUGUAAUAAAAAAUGAAGUCUAACCCUGGCAUCUAGAAGAGUUAUCCAUUAUCUCUUACUACAAGAGGAGGGUCGCUGAAGGAAAGGGCAGUAUAAGCCUCUGCCACCUUCCCAAUGCUCAGGUUCACCCUGAUAGUUAAUGUAACCCUGUCUUCAUUUGUUUUCUACCCUGUAAUGUCUGGUGUAGUGUAUCUUGUGGCAUAUUUCUGUUGUGAAUCCUUCAGAGGUAAGGAUUUCCUAAUACACACCUGUAAACAUAAUUUUGCUGAUAGACGAAUAGUCAGUAGGAGAAUUCGGUACCACUUUACAAUAAGGCUCCCUUUUGGCACUUGUAAGUGGUUGUAACUCAUUAAUAAAAAAAAAACAAAAACUUUUUACCUGUUUAAAAUUGUCUAUUAAUUUACAAAGUGUUACAACCUAAUUAAUAACCAGAUUAUAAACCAUUCAUAAACCCUUCAUAUGGGCACCGAAUUCUUAUUGGAAAGAGGAUUCUGUAGGCAUAAUUUGAAACUGGAAAAAAAUGUAAAAUAUAAUUUUUGACCGUAAUGGAAAUGAAAGUAUGUUUGCGUUUUUUAAGAUUUAACUUAAUUUAGUACUACUAAUUUUAAGCUUUUUUGUUAAACAAAAGGGACACGAGAAGGAUGAGAGUUUUUGUUCAGACUUUUUACCACCAGGACCAAGGAUAAAAACAAGAUUUUCCAACAUCAAUUUUUGACCAAGAUAAGCUAAUUGAAACAAGGAUCAGAUGUGAAAGCCAGUUGCUCCGUUGAUUAGGAUGAUAAGAGGCCCAGCCUUGCCAAAAGGAACUAAUCCCACGGACUGUAAUUGGUAGUAAAAAAAUAUAAGAUCUUUAGCCAAUUUCUCAGUGGCUCACUGAGAGAUCAUCCAUAGUUAUUUCUGCCACCCCUCAAAGACGACUGCCUUGCUACAGCUCAAUUUAUCCAGGUCACAAGCCCUUGUCUGCUUCUGAGGAUGUGCUUGAUGACAUAUAGGAAAGCAUUUAGGAACAGCAUGCCAAAUUUUAUAUUAUUGAAGUUAUUUAAAUAGAAUGAACUAGGUGAAUUUAGGAGGACACGUGAUGCAAAGAUGGUAGGACUCUGUUGGGCUUAUUAGUCUGUUGUGUUUUAAAGGUUAGUUUGAGUUUUGAUGGUUAGUAAUGAGGUGUUCAUAUAAGAAAAUAGUUUAUUAAUAAUUCUUAUUAAUUUUAGUUUAUAUGUUUUCAUGUUAAUUCUCUUGAAACUCAGGAAAAUUAGCUCAACGCCAGGUUCUGUAGGUUUUCUAUGGAGAGGAAAUUGUACUACAGAUAUUUGUAUAUAAGUUUGAUCAGCCCCUAACAAAUGUAGUUGAUGGGUUACACAAUAUUGGUCUUCACAUGUAAAGCAGCACAGAUACAAGAUUUCCUCAGACCCUCCCCAUCUCGCGGGUCGUAUCCAGCUCAGUGAUCGUACUUGCUUAUCCUGUCUUUGGAAGGGUCUUUAUCAUGCAAUACUGAUAAGGAUGAAGAUCCACACCUCACAGGGCGUUAUCUCUCUCCCUGCUGUCUUCACUGCUUGUACAACCACUUCAGUGGUCUCCGAUAUCACCUCCAGGCCGUUUAUACAUGGAUUCUAAAAAUCUAUUAUUCUGUUGUAAAUUUGAUUAUAUCUUGGUAUGUCUUGAUAACGUGACAACUAUGUCUCCAGAAAGAAUCACCUUAAAGGGUCACUGCACUAAAAAUGUAAAAAUAAAAGCUUGCAUUGUG